AUGUCUGCUCCAACGACCACGACCACGACGGCGCCUGACAAGGCCUUCCUGGACACCUUCAUCUCCCUCCUCUCACGAUCCUAUCUCGCCACCCCACUGACCACCGCCUUCAUCACCGAAAUCGACCAGACCCCUCCUACAGCCAACCCAGCCGAGGUGGUUACCCCCGAGCGCCUGAAGAAGCAUUUCUCACUAGGCAUCACGGCCGCUGCGCAAAGCAACGUCGUGCUGAUCGAAGCGGGCAACUUCACAGCCGCGGCGCUCUGGGAACCACCUGAUUUCUGCGGGAUCCCCCCGGCUCAGGCGCGGCGGAACCCAGGCCCCAUCUUGCAGGAAUUCAGAAGUAGCGCGCGAAAGUUGAAGGCCAAGUACCUCUCUGUGCCAGACCAGGGGCCUCGAAGCUACGACCAGCCUGCAGCGCCGAGCCAGUCGUCAGGGGCACCCUCUGAAGACCCCUACCCGGCGGAUUUCAAUAAAGAUGUGGACUUUGAGACACGUCCGUUCUACCAUCUUGCCAUGCUCGCCAGAGACCCCGACGCCGAGACGGACAAGGGAUUGGAGGUGAUCAAGGCCUGCAUGGAGCCGUUCUUGAAGAAAGCGAAGCAAGACGACGUGCCGGUGUGGUUGGAGACGGCUAGUCAAGCCUCGAAGAGGGAAUAUGAGGAUAUGGGCUUCAGAGUAUGUGAAGAAGUGGUCAUUGGUCGAGGAAGGGUGAAUGCUAAGGGUUGGCCGCAGGAGGGUGGUGAAGGAGUCAAGACUUGGGCUAUGAUGUAUGAUGACCAUCUGAAUUGA